CAAACUUUAGUAUUUUAAAAACACUCCACAGUUACAAGUGACGGCACCUUCCAGAUACCUGCCACUGCCAGCUUCUCUGCCAGUUUGCCACUGUCAUUUACGCAGAUGCCCAAACCCGAAUUCUCUUAUUCGGGUUGAACUCAUCAUGCUCAGAAACUUCAGUUUCUGCCCCUGUUUUGGAAAUCAGACUCUGCAUGAUACGGACCUUGACUGUGACCCGGUUCUACUAGUGUCCGGAAUUGGAGGGUCCAUUCUGCAUUCGAAGAGGAAAAACUCCAGGUUUGAGACCCGGGUUUGGGUACGGAUUCUUUUGGCUGACUAUGAGUUCAAGAAGAAAAUUUGGUCUUUAUAUAAUCCCAACACUGGUUAUACAGAAGUAUUGGAUGACAGCUCCGAAAUUGUGGUCCCGGAUGAUGAUCAUGGACUAUAUGCAAUUGACGUUUUAGAUCCAUCAUUGCUUGUGCAAUUGAUACAUUUGACGGAGGUAUAUCAUUUUCACGAUAUGAUUGAUAUGCUUGUAAAAUGUGGAUAUAAGAAAGGAACCACAUUGUUUGGAUAUGGUUAUGAUUUCCGGCAAAGCAAUAGAAUUGACAAAUUAAUGGAAGGUUUUAAAGCAAAGCUCGAAACGGCUUAUGAAGCUUCUGGGCAUAGAAAAGUUAAUGUAAUAUCACAUUCAAUGGGGGGACUGUUGGUGUCAUGUUUCAUGUCACUUCAUACAGAUGUAUUUUCCAAGUUAGUGAACAAGUGGAUCUGUAUUGGAUGCCCUUUCCAAGGUGCACCUGGAUGCAUUAACGAUUCGCUGUUAACUGGGUUGCAAUUUGUUGAAGGCUUUGAGAGCAACUUCUUUGUAUCUAGGUGGACAAUGCAUCAGUUGCUUAUUGAGUGCCCAUCAAUAUAUGAAAUGUUACCAAAUCCAGAUUUCAAGUGGGAAAGGCAACCGCAAAUUCAGGUUUGGCGGAAGCAAUCAGAUGAUGAAGAAACUUCAGUUAAGCUGGAGUCUUAUAGUCCACAUGACAGUAUCGCUCUAUUUCAAGAAGCAUUGAGGAAUAAUGAGUUAAACUAUGAUGGAAACAAAGUUUCUCUACCCUUCAACUUUUACAUUCUCAAAUGGGCUGCUGGCACUCGCCACAUUCUGAAUCAUGCAAAACUGCCACAAGGAGUUUCUUUUUAUAACAUUUUUGGGACAUCAAAUGAUACACCUUUUGAUGUUCGAUAUGGUACGGAGGCAUCUCCCAUUGAGGACUUAUCUGAAGUCUGUCAUACUGUGCCCCUAUAUUCUUAUGUGGAUGGAGAUGGGACUGUUCCUGCAGAAUCAGCUAAGGCGGACGGAUUUGAUGCAGUUGACAGAGUAGGAAUUGUGGCUAGUCAUCGCGGACUACUACGAGACAAAACUGUAUUUUCAUAUAUACAGAAAUGGUUGGGGAUUGAGCAGAAGCAAAGUAAGCAUUCAAGAACAUGCAGAGUAAUGGACGCAGCUUCAAUUUCAGAUGUGAAGGUGUGAAUAUAUCUGGUUGAAACAUGUAUGUAUUAGUUUCAGUGUGUUGUAAAUAUGAUACUGUAUUCAAUUCAUUUUAAGACAUAGUUAUGUUUGGCAAACUAGAAAAACCUCAAAGUUAGCUCAUUAAGCAGCAAUCCCCAACCAUUUUUGGGUA